AAAAGUUUUAUUUUGUUAAAAACUCUUAAUAAUAUGAUGAUUCCUGAGAAUGCUGUAUUAAUAAAACAAGGAGCAGAAGCUCGUGUUUUUCAUUUACCAUCUUUUCUUACAUUACCAGAAGGUUGCAUUGCCAAAGAAAGAUUUAAAAAAUCAUACCGUCAUCCCGAUUUAGACCAACUUUUGACAAGCAGACGAGUUGUUCAGGAAGCUCGAUGCCUUUACAAAUGUAAAAAAGCCGGUAUGGAUACUCCCACCGUAUACUAUGUAGACAUACCUUCAGCCACCAUUUAUAUGGAGAACAUUGUGGGUGUCACUGUUAAACAAAAGUUAUUGGAAAAUCAAGGUGAUAAUUAUAAGAAUGUAGAUACAGAUGCUUUGGCAGAAAAGAUUGGUUGCUCAUUAGCCAAAAUGCAUGAAUUAAAUAUUAUUCAUGGUGAUUUGACGACAUCCAAUUUAAUUAUUAGGGAUAAAGAAGAUUCAGUUGCUAUUAUUGAUUUUGGACUAAGUUCUACUUCAUUAUUGAUUGAAGAUAAAGCUGUCGAUCUUUAUGUUCUUGAACGUGCCUUUUCCAGUACUCAUCCAGAAACAGAAUCUAUGUUUGCAACCAUUCUUGAACAUUACUUUAAGAAUUCAAAGCAAGCUAAGCAAGUUUCACGCAAAUUAGAAGAAGUGAGAAUGAGAGGACGUAAGAGAACGAUGGUUGGAUAAAAGAAUAAAGAUAGUAUAGAUACAUUUAUAUAU